AUGGCUACUCAACACAAAUGUUCACUCCGCCUUGAGGAAAUGAUUGAAGGGGGAUGGUGUUUAUGAAGGAGGCUUCCAGGGCCCGGCUGGCUGCUGCUUGCGGAUAGCUACGGCAGUCAGGGCGGCAGGCCAAUGGCUCGUGGUUACGCAAGUGUCGACGGGAUUCCCAGCGUGCUGCGCGCCUACACGCGCAUGUUCAUGGCGGCGGCUAGAUGGCCAGGGCCGCUUUCGGUCUUUGUACUAUGGACGAUGGUGACUGUGGUCCUGCCUGGCUCUGGCGAAGGGGGAUGGCAGCAAAGCUGGCUGGGGACUGUAGCAGCAGUGACGGAGGAAGAGCGUUGCACUGUGGAGCGCCGAGCACACCUCACAUACUCCGAAUUCAUGCAGCACUACGCCUUCCUCAAGCCGGUCAUAUUACAGGGACUCACGGACAACUCGAGGUUCAGAGCCCUGUGCUCUCGGGAAAACCUGCUGGCCUCGUUUGGGGACAACGUUGUUCGCCUAAGUACAGCCAACACCUACUCCUACCAGAAAGUGGACCUGCCCUUCCAGGAAUAUGUGGAGCAGCUGCUGCACCCCCAGGAUCCCACAUCCCUAGGCAAUGACACCCUGUACUUUUUUGGAGACAACAACUUUACUGAGUGGGCACCACUAUUCCAGCAUUAUUCUCCACCUCCGUUUCGUCUACUGGGAACCAGCCUUGCUUACAGCUUUGGAAUUGCAGGAGCUGGAUCUGGGGUACCCUUCCACUGGCAUGGCCCUGGUUUCUCCGAGGUGAUUUAUGGUCGGAAGCGCUGGUUCCUCUACCCUCCUGAGAAGACACCAGAGUUCCACCCGAACAAGACCACACUGGCCUGGCUACAGGAAAUAUACCCAUCCCUAGCCCCUUCAGCUCGGCCCCUGGAAUGCACCAUCCGGGCUGGUGAAGUCAGUGGCUGGCAGGUGGGGGUUGGGCUGACCCAAAAAGCUCCAACCAAUCUCUGUGCUUUUCUCCCAGGUGCUGUAUUUCCCUGACCGGUGGUGGCAUGCCACACUCAAUCUGGACACCAGUGUCUUCAUUUCUACCUUUCUUGGCUAGCCCAACAGGCAACUGGCAAGCCCAUUGCACCAGCACAUGCCAAUGUAGUGCUCACAGACUUUAUUACAGGACAGUGGCGGCAGCAGCAGCAACCUCAGCCCACCCUUACCCGCUUUCCAGCCCAGAAGGGGGACAGGGGAGGCUCAUGGCCCAGCAAGGGGUAUGCCGAGUAGGGGAGCAGUUCAGAACCCAUCAGCAGGACUGAUGGGGGCAGGCCCAGGGACACAAACUAUAUACAGGGACUGGAGCUUCUGUCUCCAGACCCUCCUGGGCCAGGGUGCCAGGCAGGACAUGGGGCCUUAGUAGUCCUCUACCCAGCCGUUCUCAGAGAUGAAUGCAUCAAUGACUUCUUUCAUGGCCAAGUUGGGUAUGAGCUGUUCCUGGGUCAGAGGGCUCCGGGUCACAGGGUCAAAGUGGCCCACACGCUGCAACAAGAGAGUCAGAGUGUUCAACCGCCUAAGUAUACCUCUGAUCCCAGUCCUGAGGCCCACGGACCCUUACCUGCAGGUGCUCCUCAAUGUCCUUACGGUCAUAAGUGAUACCACUGGGUGUGAUGCAGGGCUCCCGCAUCAGCUCAAAGCUGAUCUUGCCACACAAGUAGUCCGGGAUAUCUCGCUUCUAUAGCACAAUGGGAAAAUGUCUGCAACUGGAAGGGUCACCUCAGCAGUACCUGCCCAUGGGCUUUAAAGAAUACUCACCUUUCUUUUCUCAUCCACCUGAGAGAAGAGCUCAUCCAUGUCUGCCAUGUAUUUAUCCUGUAGAGUUGAGUGCCAUGUGUGGGCAACUCAUAUCUCCUCCACACAGACACACACACCUUAUGUCCACCAGGGCACUCAUGUCAUGCAUGGGCCAACAGAUCCACCAUAGGCUGGGGCACUUUUCAUGCCACACACAAAAACACACACACAACGACCCACAUGUGGACUAGGGGCACCCUCACGUGCUUGGCCUCAAUGCAGGCCUGCUGGGCCCGGACGUGGCCAUCAUCCUCAUCACCCUCGUGGUUCCUCUGACACUCUUCCAGUUCCCUGAGAGUUAACCAGAAGCUAGUAGUCAGUGAUGGUCCUGACCAGAAAAUGCCAGAGCCCUCCCCAUUUCAGCCUCUUGCCUCCUGGGCUUCCCGUGUUCCAGUGUUCUUUCAAUAAACUCUUGUGCUGGUGA